GAUUUGAACAAGUUGAAUCCAGCAGCCGAAAUAAUGAACCGUUGGUUAACGCUGGUCUGUAUCCUGGGAUGCCUAGGUGGGGCAUUCACCAUGUACGCCGCCAUUUCAGUUGGUUCAAGUGGUCUGGUGACGCUCAGUAAUAGCCUGCAGCAAAUCGCUGGCGUGGUAGCCACCUACCAGAGCACUCUGAACACUGCCCGUAAUCAGGUGUUCGUUGGUCUUACCGAUCUGAUGGGCUGGGUCAACAUUACUUACACGGCGAUGAAUAAAACCUACGGUGCCAAUCAGACGAUGUUACGGGAUUUUGUAUCAAAUUUGCAGUAUUUCAACCAAACUAUAGGAUAUGGUGAUCAAUCUGCUACUUCGGCUAUCUCAAAUGAUUUGACUGGUCUUAGUCAAUCUCUAAGGCAGGCAAUUGACAAUAUCAUCCAAUAUUACAACAUGUUGCUGGGGCAGAUGCCGUAUAAUGCUAAUUCCGAUAACUGUACGAUUCGCAACGCCACUCAGAUGAUUAACGUGCCGACUUCUUUGGUCAAGCUGGGCCAAUGCCUCCAGAUAAACACGGCUACGGUGACGGCAUACGUUCCACCCAUCAUGAACAUUAUAUCGGUCAUUAAAAGUGAUUUCGUCUCGUUCGUGAACCAGCUGAAGAUUUGUAAUGCUGCAUCCAUCACCUGUCAAAACUACUACUUCGAACAGGUGUAUAUGGAAUCAAGUACCGGAAACAGCAUGUUGUACAUGCUGAAUAACUUCAUAUCAAUGGCAUUCCAAGACGCCUAUAACCGCAAUUCAUUCUGUGGUCAACUGGUUCAAAGCGACAUCCAGGAUGCGGUUUCAAAUCUGACAAGUGCCUUCUCGCUGUGUGCAUGGCCGCCACAAUAAGGAAUACUUACUGUUUCCAGUUGAUCUGUAAUUAGUUCCAAUAUAGCUACUAUAUAGUUGAUGUCUGCUAGUCAAUAAAAUCGAAACUUUGAAGAGGUAUAAGGUGGUACGCCUUUUCUUUGCCCCCUUCUGAUCGUUUGACAAAAAGUAGUCGAGACUCGAGUGAGAAGAAGUUGCAUAUCAAAAAGACCGUUGGACGAAUAAAUCAGUAAACUGGGAUAAUGUCAGUGUAAA